ACUAAAGCACAAACAAACAAAUAAAUGGGAAUGGACUUAACGGCUAGUUAACCAAGUUCCCUGAGAAUGGAAGCAGGGCAACAGCAACAGCAACACCAUUCAUGGAAACUGAAUGUUCAUGCCAAGGCCAAGAACUUCAAUUUCAAAUUCGUAGCUUCCAAUUUCUUACCCAAUUCCUUGUACUUCCCAUUCUCUCUCAAAUUCAAGUACUGCAGAUUCUUCAUCCAUCUCAAUUCUAAAACAUUCAUCUAUCCGAAUCCCAAGAAACCUAAAUCUUUCAAAUCAAAACUCCAUCGAUUCCUCCAGAGACUCCGCCGACGAAGUUCCAACAACAACAGAGUCACCAAUUCCAAACCAAAGAACAAGGCAACCAUUUCUCAGAGUUCAGUGGUGUUAGGGAAUCUGCUCCUUUUCAUUCAAUCAAUAUAUCAAGGGGAUAAAGAUGGAAUCUUCAUACUUGGUUCUAUUGUUAUUAUUUGCUUUACUUCCUUAUUUAAACAAAUCAUGGCUAGAAAAGCUUGGAUUUUGUUGGUUUUCUUAACUGGUGCCAUAGUUUUUUUCUCGAAUGCGAUGCAUCUCAGAUUCAGAAGCCAGUUUGAUCAUCAGCACUAUCUGUCCGGAUUCUUUUGGAAGGCUUUCAAAAAUGUUGCCUCCUCUGCCGGUUUUUAUAUACUAUCUCAGGUGCUUACUGCUAUAUCUAGACUAAUCUGACAUUUCUAGCGCGAAAGUCUAUUUUUAAUGUGCUAUAUAUAAUUGUUGUGUUGGAAAUUUCAGUGUCAAAUUGUCCUCUUUAUUAGUCUACCUUUGUUGGAAAUUUUAAAGUCAAAUUAUUUAUUUUGCUUGCAAUCCUGCUUUGAUUAGCUUCUCGUUUGAGACGAGGAUCUAUUGGAGCCAACCUCUCUACUCUGCAAAGGUAGAGAUUGUUGUUGUUUGUGUUCUUUAUAAAGUCGAGUUGUAUGGUUUUGCAUAAAUGUUACUCCUAUAUGAGACUAUAUAUUGUAAAUCACUGAAGCAUAUGGUGCAAAACGUGCAUAAUGGAGACAAGGCGAACUGACUGAUCGGGGGAACUGCUGCUAAAUGAAGAUAGGUGGAAUGUGUGACAGGGGGAAUAUGUGCUGCUGAACAUGUUUGUCUACAAAGUGUUUGCUGAAAUGAUUGCAUAGUUUGUAUCAUCAAAAAGGGGGAAAAAUAUUACAACGUUGUAAAAUUAAUUUUGAUGAUUGACAAACUUGAUGAUGGGACCUGGUACCUCCGCUAAAGCAUUUUCGCAAAGUCAAAUAGCAUAACUGUAAAGUGUACUACUGCACAUUGCGGCAGAGUGGUAGGGGUAGUGUAGCAGCAGGACCUACCAAUGAGAAGAGGUUAAGAUUUUUCCCUUACUGCCCACUCUCACUGAUAAGAAGACUUGAAAGAGCAAAACCAGAAGUUUUGCAACACCGAAAAAUAUUGCUGUUGUCUCAAAAGUAUGGGCUGUGUCAGCUUCCACAUCAUUAAGACCUCUUGUUACUAUGUAUGGAAGUUGUUCCUUUAUUCCUUGUUGUUCGUUCUUGGUUCUUGUGCUAAACAUUAUGAAUCUACUCUUCUUUACAAAGCUUGUAUAGGUAUUGUUCUUCUCUUAUCUUUAAGAUUUGAGUUGUUGGCUAGAGUUAGCCGUGGUGAAUUGUUGGAAUCUAUAUCAACUAGAGUUAGUUGGUAUAGUAAGAGAGCAAUAGAGUACUUACACUAGAGUUUUGCAAUAGAGUGGUUGCUAGGGGAAAGGGAUUAAGAAUUCAAUUCCUAGGUUGAAAGAGUUGUAAUCUGAAAUCUUGCUCGUGUUUAGUGACGUUGUUGGUGAA